AUGGCCGACACGCUGGAGUUCAACGAGAUCUACCAGGAGGUGAAGGGCUCUAUGAACGAUGGGCGGCUGCGGCUGAGCCGCCAAGGAGUCAUCUUCAAGAACAGCAAGACAGGGAAGGUGGACAACAUCCAGGCCUCAGAGCUGGCUGAGGGUGUCUGGCGGCGCGUGGCACUGGGGCACGGCCUCAAGCUGCUCACCAAGAAUGGCCACGUCUACAAGUACGACGGCUUCCGGGAGUCGGAGUUUGAGAAGCUCUCGGAGUUCUUCAGGGCCCACUACCGCCUGGAGCUGGCUGAGAAGGACCUGUGUGUGAAGGGCUGGAACUGGGGCACUGUGCGCUUUGGGGGGCAGCUGCUCUCCUUCGACAUUGGGGAGCAGCCUGUGUUUGAGAUCCCCCUCAGCAACGUCUCCCAGUGCACCACUGGCAAGAACGAGGUGACUCUGGAGUUCCACCAGAACGAUGACGCCGAGGUCUCACUCAUGGAGGUUCGCUUCUACGUCCCCCCGACGCAGGAGGAUGGCGUGGACCCCGUGGAGGCCUUUGCCCAGAACGUCCUCUCCAAGGCGGACGUGAUCCAGGCCACCGGGGAUGCCAUCUGCAUCUUCCGGGAGCUGCAGUGCCUGACGCCGCGCGGGCGCUACGACAUCCGCAUCUACCCUACCUUCCUGCACCUCCACGGCAAGACCUUCGACUACAAGAUCCCCUACACCACCGUGCUGCGCCUCUUCCUGCUGCCACACAAGGACCAGCGGCAGAUGUUCUUCGUGAUCAGCCUGGACCCCCCGAUCAAGCAAGGCCAGACGCGCUACCACUUCCUCAUCCUGCUCUUCUCCAAGGAUGAGGACAUCUCACUGACCCUCAACAUGAAUGAGGAGGAGGUGGAGAAGCGCUUCGAGGGGCGGCUCACCAAGAACAUGUCCGGGUCCCUCUAUGAGAUGGUCAGCAGGGUGAUGAAGGCUCUGGUCAACCGCAAGAUCACAGUGCCUGGCAACUUCCAGGGGCACUCGGGUGCCCAGUGCAUCACCUGCUCCUACAAGGCCAGCUCGGGGCUGCUGUACCCCCUGGAGCGUGGCUUCAUCUACGUGCACAAGCCGCCGGUGCACAUCCGCUUCGACGAGAUCUCCUUUGUCAACUUCGCGCGCGGCACCACCACCACCCGCUCCUUUGACUUCGAGAUCGAGACCAAGCAGGGCACGCAGUACACCUUCAGCAGCAUCGAGAGGGAGGAGUAUGGGAAGCUCUUCGACUUUGUCAAUGCCAAGAAGCUGAACAUCAAGAACCGAGGGCUGAAGGAGGGCAUGAAGCAGAGCUAUGAUGAGUAUGCCGACUCGGAUGAGGACCAGCACGAUGCCUACUUGGAGAGGAUGAAGGAGGAGGGCAAGAUCCGGGAGGAGAAUGCCAACGACAGCAGCGACAACUCUGGAGAAGAAACAGAUGAGUCCUUCAACCCUGGGGAAGAGGAUGAUGAUGUGGCUGAAGAGUUUGACAGCAACGCCUCUGCCAGCUCCUCCAGCGGGGAUGGGGACAGCGACCGUGACGAGAAGAAGCCAGCCAAGAAGGCCAAGGUGGUCAAGGACCGCAAGCCCCGCAAGAAGCAGCUGGAGAGCAAGAAGGGGAAGGACCCCAAUGCUCCCAAGCGGCCGAUGUCAGCCUACAUGCUUUGGCUGAAUGCCAACCGGGAAAGGAUCAAGUCAGACCACCCUGGCAUCAGCAUCACAGACCUGUCCAAGAAGGCUGGGGAGCUGUGGAAGGCCAUGUCCAAGGAGAAGAAGGAGGAAUGGGAUCGCAAGGCGGAGGAUGCCAGGAGGGACUACGAGAAGGCUAUGAAGGAGUACGGCAUGGGCAGCAAGUCAGAGAGCUCCAGGGGGGAGAAGUCUAAGAAGAAGAAGAAGAAGCAGGAGAAACAGGUGAAGGGGAAAGCAGAGAAGAAAGGUUCCACCUCUAAGUCCUCAUCCUCCACCAAGUCACCUGCUAAGAACAUGAAUGAGAGCUUCAAGAGCAAAGAGUUUGUCUCCAGUGAUGAUAGCUCCUCUGCAGAGAGCAAGAAGGAGGUGAGGGCCUGGGCUGAGAGGCGGGGCAGGGACUCGGAGGAGGAGGGGGUGGCCAGCUUGCCCCCCAGCUCGGAGGACUCUGCGUCGGGCUCAGAUUAGCUCCAUCCCACUGGCCCCAGGCUGGUCACUGAGGGGCAGGAGCCAAGUGGCCCUGAGGCAGGACCCUGCUUGGCCCCACCAAGACCUUGCCCUUAAUGUGGGGAGAGGCAGGAGCAGGGCUGGAGCCCCCCCUACUGGGGAGCAGGACCUUGCAGAGAGGGUCCUGGAGGGGUCUACCCCUACCUCAGCUCAGUUCCCUAUUGAUUUUUUUUUUUUUUUUUUAAUCUGGAGUUUGUUUCUGUCUCAUUUCUUCCUGUUUUGGGUUUUUGUAUUUUGGGUCUGUUCAUGUGGCAACUGGCAUUGAAUAAAAAAGCCACCACGGCCUCAGCG